AUGGGAACCAAAAAGAGAGUCCGUACGUUUGUGCGAGUCAAGCCAACAGCCGAUUUUGCUCAAGAUAUGAUCAAGUUUGGGCCAGACAACAAGACCAUAGAUAUAUACAUCAAAAAAGAUGCCAGGAAAGGAGUUGUGAAUAACAGGCAGACCGACUGGUCCUUUAGGCUGGAUGGCGUCCUUCACAAUACCUCCCAGGAACUGGCUUACGAGACUGUGGCCGAGAAAUUGGUGUCCGAAGCUUUAAUUGGCUAUAAUGGCACGAUAAUGUGCUAUGGGCAAACGGGGGCUGGUAAAACUUACACGAUGACGGGAGCGACUGCCGAGUACAAGCAUCGAGGAAUCAUACCCCGAGCUAUACAGCAGGUCUUCAAAGCAACUGCACACUCCGUUGAUCCGUUCAUCACUGUCCGAAUAUCCUACCUGGAGAUCUACAAUGAGACCUUGUUUGACCUUCUGUCCACCAUGGCAAGCAACGGGACCAGUGACGUGCAGAUGGCUGUAGUGGAUUGCCCACAGGGUGUUUACGUGAAGGGCUUAUCUAUACAUUCAGUUAGCCACGAGGAAGAUGCUCUAAAUCUCCUUUUUGAGGGCGAGACCAACAGAGUGAUAGCAGAGCACACACUGAAUAAGAAUUCAUCCAGAUCCCAUUGCAUCUUUACUAUUUAUAUUGAGUCUCGUUUCAGAGUUUUCUCAGAUGUCAAAUGCAUUAACUCCAAAAUCAACUUAAUAGAUCUGGCAGGCUCAGAGAGACUGAGCAAGACUGGAUCUGAAGGACAGGUUCUGAAAGAAGCCACGUACAUCAACAAGUCUCUGUCGUUCCUUGAGCAAAUCAUCGUUGCCCUGGCUGAUCCUAAGAGGGACCACAUCCCCUUCCGGCAGAGCAAGCUCACUCACGUUCUGAAGGACUCCCUAGGGGGAAACUGCAAUACUGUCCUAGUGGCAAAUAUCUGUGGGGAAGCCGUGCAUGUGGAAGAGACUUUGUCUUCUCUUCGUUUCGCUACCAGAAUGAAAUGGAUCACAACAGAGCCAGUCAUCAAUGAGACAUAUGACCGAGAGGGGACAGUGAAGGCUUUGGAGAAGGAGAUUAUUCUUCUGAAGCAGGAACUGGCCAUGCAUGACAGCUUGGUAAAUCGUUCUUUGGUGACUUAUGACCCUCUGACUGACAUCCAGAUAGCAGAGAUUAAGUCUCAAGUCCAUAAGUACCUAAAAGGAGCCAUUGAUGAAAUUGAUAUAGUGAACAUCAGGCAAGUCCAGGAGGUGUUUAAGCAGUUCAAACUGAUUGUAAGUCAACAGGAGCGUGAAGUGGAGGCCAGAUUACGAAGCAAGUACGCUCUGAUAGACAAAAACGACUUUGCUGCUGUUGCUGCUGUUCAGAAGGCAGGUGUGGUUGAUGUGGAUGGCCGUUUGGUGCGGGAAGAGGAUGGACGGGAUUUUGGGACUAGAACUGCUCCUUUUUCAUCCAGGCGUGGUGGGAAGAAGAAAUCCGGGAAAAAAAUUACUCUGGUUCAUCUUUUUCCCCCUGUCAGGAAGGAAGGAAUCAGGAGCUCUCGGAGAGAUCUGGAUGUUUUCUUACCAUCAAAAAGUCAGGUAAUAAUUUCCACCAAGGAUCCGGAUGUGAAAGAGGGAGCAAGGAACCAGGAUACAGCAAAUAUUGAUGCAGAGCUCUCAAAGCCAGCUCCCGUGGAGGACUCCCAGCGGCCCAGCUCCCCUCCAUCCAAGCCAGUGGCAUUUGAGCAGUUUAAGGAGGAGUGCGGAAGUGAGAUCAGCCGGAUCUUUAAAGAGAACAAAAGCAUCCUCCUUGCCAGGAAGAAGAGAAGCAGUACCGUAGCGCAGAGGAUCAACUUCAUCAAGCGUGAAAUGGAGGGCAUCAAAAAGGCUCUGGAGGCUCAGAAGCAGGAGCGGUGGCAGCAGGGAGAGUACGUUGAUGAGAAAGGACAGAUCAUAAUUGAUGAGGAGGAGUUUUUACUCAUCGUGAAGCUGAAAGACCUGAAGGAAGAGUACAGGUCCGGUUAUGCUGAACUGCAGGACCUGAAGGCAGAAAUCCAGUACUGCCAGCAUCUGGUGGACCAGUGCCGGAACAAACUCAUCUCAGAUAAUGACAUCUGGUACAGCGAGUCCUUCCUUAUCCCCAAGGGUGUGCAGGAAGCCCUGAAGCCCGGCGGCAACAUCAGACCUGGAAUGAUUCCCAUGAACAGAGUCAUGUGCCUGGAGGAAGACGAGCAGGAGAGGUUUGAGAGGAUGCAGGAGACAACGCUGCCAGCCUGCCCAGCUUCAGUCUCGUUCUACAAGGCGAAAAUGAAGACUGAUCAAAAGCACACGUACACCAGAACCAUGUCGUCCCUCGAGCAAAUGCGCAAGAAACCCGGGCUCAUCACAGCUGCUGGGAAGAAUAAGCCCCUGUCGUUUCUGCACGUGGUGUAGCAGAUUCGGGCUCAGCCUGGAACCCAGCAAUCAAUAAGCAACGUCACCUCAGAAAGUGCCUUGCGUUCAUGUCCACAAUAGAUUUAUCAAAAAUAAACAGUAGGGAAAAAAAAAAACCCCAAAACCCACCCAACUUUUGUGCAGCUAGACUGCCAGUUAUCGGUAAUCAAACCCGCUGUUCAGAGAGGAAGCAAGCCAGGGAGUUCAAAUAGCAACGCUUGUUUUUCUGAGCGUCUUUGGAAAACGCAGCGUCACGACAGAGACUUGGGCUGCUUCUGCCUCCCUCCUUCCCGGUGCUGGAGGCAAGGGCCUCC